AUGGAUUCUGACCUGAAACCCGGGAAGGACGAGGACGCAGACCAGGACACAGAGGCACCAGACCUGAGCUCCAUGCCCCCCGUGCUUGUGGAGUGCGGCCUCCAGUCUCUGGUCACUGCAGGUUCCUCCCUGCAGACGGCUCACACAGAUCCCGGGAGGAAGGAGGAGAAUCCCGCAGGGAAACGAGGCUUUCCAGAAUCACCAGACCCGGGCAGUGCUGGCCUGGAGGAAGAGCAGAGCGCACAUGUUUCCAAGCGAAUGAAGCUCGAGGAGGGAAUGAAGCUGGAAGAGGCAGAGGCCCUGAAGUAUGACCAGCAGGACGCCAGCACCUCCCACCAUGCUGCUGAGAACACCGCCUCUGAGGAGAAGCCCCCGCAGGAAGCCGUGUCCCUGGGUGUCCCCUCCCCACUGCAGGAGGUCAGUGUGAGCUGCACUGUGGACAGUGUGGACCCGGUGUUCAAGUGCAGCACCUGCGGCCACAUGUUUACGUCCUGCUCUGACUUAGACAAGCAUGCCGCCUGCCACCUGCAGCUGCCCCAGGUACACACCUGCUGCCACUGUGACCACCAAGCUGAGAGCAGCCCCGCCCUGCACCUACACAUCCAGCAUGCUCAUGAGUCACAGCAGCUCUUCACCUGUGACCUGUGUGGCUUCCAGUGUGUCGGGGAAAGCCUGUGGAAGGCGCAUUAUCUCGGCAAAACACAUCUCCGGCGUCAGAAUCUUGCGGCCCGUGGGGGAUUUGUACAGAUGUUGACAAAGAAAUCCUUUCCUAAGAAGCCAUGUACCCUGGGAACAAAAAAUGUCCGUGCAAAAGCCAAAGCCUCUAAAGCAAUAGCUAAGAGUCGGGGCCCUAAAGGACGACAGAGCAGUGGGAGCCAGUGUAAGGCUUUCAGAGAACGCACUUCAAAACCAAGUGGUGGCGCCAGUGAGCUUCUUGUUGAAAUGGUGCCUUCCAUGGGUUUCGCCUCAGAAAAAGGGACGAUCCUUGAAGAAAGUGAUGGAGCUCGAAACCCUGAAAACCAGAGUACAGCACUGGGAACGUCAGCAACCUCAGAGAGUCUCUUAGAUAUGUUGGAAACUCCCCGAAAUGCCCUCCAGAGCACACACAGUGUCAAUAUGAGACCCAGGCCUGAGCAAAGUGUUCUAACGUUGGGGACUAGCUUUCGAAGACGAAGUGGCACUUUCUCCACAAAAGGCCAAGCCAAGAAAAGAUUUAAUCUUUUGGGAAUGAAUAAAAGAGGCCCCAAUGAAACCCAGAGGCUGUAUAUGAAACACUUUAGAACACAGGUGAAAACAGGUGACUCCAAAGCCACCACUCAGCAAGCAGAACUGAAGAGCCCUGUCAUGAGCGUGUGUGUGUCUACCUCGGCAGACCCUCGGCAGGAAGUGAGGCAGGACCAGAGCAGCUGUCAACUUCCAGGCUCUGUGCAGCUCGAUGCGCUGGCGGUGAAGCCAGCUCCAGGCCCCCAUGCGCUGUGGACUUGUACAGACUGUGGUCACAUAGCUAUGAGCAGGACCGACUGGGAAAUCCACGUCGGGAAGUGCCACGCAAGAGUGAGGCAGCUGUAUUGCCAGAUGUGCAGUUUUUCAACCGCGUCGGGGAGGGACUUGGAUGAACAUCUGCUCAGUGCCCACCCCCAGCAGCCUGCCUCUGUCUUCACCUGUCAGUGCUGCCCUGUCAUCUCCUUGACUGAUGGGAGUCUUCAGGACCACAUGAAGGAGAAGCACAGUAUGGGGUUUCGUUGUGCUCCUUGUCAUCUGUUUUUCUUAACUGAGAAAGAGGCGGAAGAACACAAAACAACUGAGCAGCAUCUUGGCACAUUGGUUCAGCCAACGCCGCCUCAGUCUGGUAACACUGACUUGGUUUUACAGACAUUACCUUUAAGUACUUUAGAACUGGCCAAUACAGACAGAUCCAUGAAGGAGUCUGGGAAGGCAGCUCAGCAGGAACCCCAGUCUAGGGUAAGCGAUGGAAAUGAAGCAAAGCAUUCGGCUCUAAGUAAGCCCCAGUUUCAGUGUAAGAAGUGUUUCUACAAAACAAGGUCUUCCACUGUUCUUACAAGACACAUAAAGCUGAGGCAUGGCCAGGAUUCCCACUUCCUGUGCAAAGCCUGUAAUCUUUACUCACUCAGCAAAGAAGGCAUGGAGAAGCACAUCAGGAGAAGUAAGCAUCUAGAAAACGCGAAGAAAAACAACAUUGGCUUCAGCUUCGAAGAAUGUAUUGAAAGGGUCUGUAUAGGUGCCAAUGAUAAAAAAGAAGAGUUUGGCAUUUCUGGAACUGGAGGGAGUGAGGGCCACGCAGAAGGGGAGCUGUUGCAGGAACAUUCCUCUCUUGAGAAGAACACACUGACGACAGGAGAACGGUCUCAGUCUGCCCUCGUCACCAAAGAUAAUGACUUGGCUUUGACCAGUGCCCCAAAGAGAGGCAGACCUACAGGCCACAUGUCCAGGACGUGCUCGCACUGUGGUCUUCUGGCCUCUAGUGUCACCAACCUGACUGUUCACAUUAGACGAAAGCACAGUCACCAGUAUAGUUAUCUUUGUAAAGUAUGUAAGUACUAUACUGUAACUAAGGGAGACAUGGAACGCCACCGUGCCACCAAGAAGCACAAAGCACGUGUACAAGUAGAAACCCAUGGAAAACAAAGUGCAGACAUCAUCAUUGGCCCCGAAGGGGGUCAUCUCGAAGGUUGCAGAAAGACCAUCAAAUCAGCAGUGGUCCUUCCCGAUGAACAUGCUGCCCAGUCAGCCAAGUCCAGUACCCCCGUUUCCGAAAGGCCCGCGGUAGACCCUGGAAACCCCACUGAAGUUGAAGUUGACAAUGUAUUUCAUUCUGUAGAUGGGGAUGUGAGCAGUCACCUUAUGGAUAAAAAGGAACAAUCGUCUCUAAACCCAGAGGAUCUUAUCCAAGACAGGGAUGCCUGUUCCCCGAGAGACGUUACAGGAGCGAGUGACAAUAAAUGUGCCCACUGUGAGUUCAACGCUCACUCCUCUGCUUCUCUGGAACUGCACGUAAAACGGAAACAUACGAAAGAGUUUGAAUUUUACUGCAUGGCCUGCGAUUACUAUGCGGUUACCCGGCGGGAGAUGAGCAGGCACGCCACCACGGAGAAGCACAAAAUGAAAAGGCAGUCUUACCUGACCUGUUCGAGUCAGGAAGCAGCAGGUUCUUCAGAAACGUCCAAAGGUGUCGUCAUCACUGAAGAGGAGCAGCACCAGAGUGCUCAGGAAUUUCAGAUCAUCUUCAACCAGUCGUCAGAUCCUCUGAAGUCUGGAAACGCCCCUGAAUGCUCUAUUUUAGAUGUGAGUACGGAUGUAGAUAUGUCCAAAGUACUCUGUGCUCCCGAUUCCGUAGAAAUUGAGGCUGAAGAAGAAUCUCAUUUCAGCGAAGAGCGUCCUUUUUGUGAGACUUUCCAGCAGCCCCUUGUUAAGGCCACAACUGUAAAACCCGAGCAGGUAGUGUCACUUAAUAUAUCUGCCACUUAUGGCUCCCCCAGCAAACUUCAGAAUGAAAACUCGGGAAGCCCAGGUUUGAGUUGUGAAAUAGCAAAGGAAAAGCACACAGGGCCGAGUGAGCCAUGUGGGCCCAGUGCACAUGCUGACAGUACUGGAGGAGCUGUAGCUACGGACCCUCCUCUCAGUCCCGAAGCUCUGCCUGUUGUGAUGCAUUUGACGAGAGAACAGCUGGCCCUGGGCAGCAGUGAGCCAAGCAGAGCCGGCGGUGUGCCUACUGCGGAGGGUUUGCAAGGGACGCAGGAAGCCAGCGUUCUGGAGAGCAGAGAAGUGCCAGUGAAGCCCCACCAGGAAACGAAGCUUCUCUUGGAAGAUGGUGGCCUGGCUUCUGAUGGCACGCUUGAUGGCAGUGACACGUAUGAGACUGUAAUCAGCCUCGAUGACAAGGGCCAGGCCGUGUACAGUUUUGGCCGGUUUGACUCUUCCAUAAUCAGAAUAAAGAACUCUGAGGAUGGUGAGUUGGUAGAGCAGUCUGAGGAAGGUCUGGUGGCAUCUGGGGUACGAAUCAGUGAGCUGCCCUUUAAAGACUCUGCUCCCGGGGCGAAAAAGAAGAAAAGUGAAGGCAGUUGCUUUGCUGAGUCAACACGGAUUCGCUGUGAUGACUGCGGCUUCUUAGCAGACGGCUUGAGCGGACUGAACGUGCACAUCGCCAUGAAGCACCCCACCAAAGAGAAGCACUUCCACUGUCUCCUGUGUGGGAAGUCCUUUUACACCGAAAGCAACCUGCAUCAACACUUGGCCAGUGCUGGCCACCUGAGAAACGAGCAGGCCAGCGUGGAAGAGCUUCCUGAAGGCGGAGCCACCUUCAAAUGUGUCAAGUGUACCGAGCCCUUUGAUUCGGAGCAGAAUUUAUUUCUCCACAUCAAAGGGCAGCAUGAGGAACUGCUGCGGGAGGUGAAUAAGUACAUCGUGGAGGAUACUGAGCAAAUCAACCGGGAGAGAGAGGAGAACCAGGGGAACGUGUGCAAGUACUGCGGGAAGAUGUGUCGCAGCAGUAACUCGAUGGCGUUUCUGGCGCACAUUCGCACUCACACAGGAUCGAAACCAUUCAAAUGCAAGAUAUGCCAUUUUGCCACAGCUCAGCUUGGAGAUGCCAGAAACCAUGUGAAAAGGCACCUGGGGAUGAGGGAGUACAAGUGCCAUGUCUGUGGGGUUGCUUUUGUAAUGAAGAAGCACUUAAAUACUCAUCUACUUGGCAAACACGGCGUUGGCACACCAAAAGAAAGGAAGUUCACGUGCCACUUGUGUGACCGGAGUUUCACAGAGAAGUGGGCCCUCAACAACCACAUGAAGCUCCACACGGGCGAGAAGCCGUUCAAGUGCAGCUGGCCGACCUGCCACUACUCCUUCCUCACAGCCUCCGCCAUGAAAGACCACUACAGGACCCACACAGGCGAGAAGUCAUUUCUGUGUGACCUUUGUGGCUUCGCCGGUGGGACUCGGCACGCGCUCACCAAGCACCGGAGGCAGCACACAGGAGAAAAGCCUUUCCGCUGUGAGGAGUGUAGCUUUGCCUCCACCACGCAGUCUCACCUGACUCGGCACAAGCGUGUCCAUACGGGAGAGAAGCCCUACAGCUGCCCCUGGUGUGACUACAGGUCCAACUGUGCGGAAAAUAUCCGCAAACACAUUCUUCACACGGGCAAGCACGAGGGAGUGAAGAUGUACAACUGCCCUAAGUGUGACUAUGGGACUAAUGUGCCCGUGGAGUUCCGGAAUCACCUGAAGGAACAGCAUCCCGACAUUGAGAACCCUGACCUGGCGUACCUGCAUGCGGGCAUCGUCUCCAAGUCCUAUGAGUGCCGGCUGAAGGGGCAGGGUGCUGCCUUCGUGGAGACGGACAGCCCAUUCACCGCGGCCGCCCUGGCCGACGAGGCCGCCAUCAAGGACAAGCCCCUGCGGAGCGGCAGGCGGCCGCUGCCUCCCGCCGAGCAGGUUCAGCAGGUCAUCAUCAUCCAAGGGUACGAUGGCGAAUUCUCGCUGGAUGCCUCGGUGGAGGAGACUGCCGCCGCCACUCUGCAGACCCUGGCCAUGGCCGGCCAGGUGGCAAGGGUGUUGCACAUCGGUGAGGACGGUCAGGUCAUCGCCACCAGCCAGGGUGGGACGCACGUGGGCAGUGUGCUGCCAGGUCAGCUCCUCCCAGAGCAGGUGGUGGUGGUCGGGGGCCCAAUGGAGAGCAGCGACGUGGACGAGCCCCUUGGUGCCGGUGGGGCCAUCCUGCAGCAGGUGGCCAAGCAGGAGAUGGUCACCUUGACCGAGGCGGGCAUCGCACCUCCAGACUCCUCUGCCCUGGAUGCCUUGCUCUGUGCCGUCUCAGAACUGGGAGAAGUAGAUGCUCGGCCAGGCCGCGAGGAGAAGAGCAGGUGCCACAGGGACGCGCUGGCCCAGGUGCCUGGCUCCACGGGCCCCGAGCCACCCGAGCUGCCCCUGUGCCCUGCCGAGCUUGGGCCUGUGGAGCUGCUAGGUCAGGUGGUCCGGCCCUCGGGUCUCCUGUCCCCCCAAGAGAGGGCGCCAGUGGCCUUCAAGAAGGUGGUGCAGGGCGUGCUGCAGCUGACCGUGUGCGACCCAGCCACCACCGACCAGCUGGUCCAGGAAGGCGUCACCCAGGUCAUUGUCCACGAGGAGGGCGCCCAAGUCAUCAUGCAGGAGGCGGGGGCUCGUGGCCUGCGGGUGCCGGCCGAGCACAUGGACCUGGUCGAGUCGGACGGGGAGAUCUCCCAGAUCAUUGUCACUGAGGAGCUGGUGCGCGCCAUGGUCCAGGAGUCGGGGAGCAGCUUCCCCGAGGGGGCUACACACUACAUCGUCACUGAACUGCCCCCCGGGCUACAGGACGAGGCGGCCGUGUACUCACACACCAUGAUCGAGACAGCCGGCUCCCCGGAGAUCCUGCAGGCUGGGCCACCUCUGAACGCAGAUGCCUCCUCCCCUGAGGGGGCCGGACAGCUGACCAGCAUGGUCAUCUACACACAGGGCGCCUCCCAGGCUGCCGCCACCGUGAUCCAGAGCCAAAGAGAGGGCUCCGAGCUGCAGGAAGCAUAG